GAAGAAGGAUCCUCUUUGCAACCACCGCCACCGGAUUUUAGGUUAUGUUAUCAGUAAACGAUAACAUAAACAUGUAUAAUUAUUAUCUUUAUUUCUUUAGAUAAGUAAUUUACCAUUUAUUUCAAACUCUACUGCCUAAUGACACGUUUUUAAAUACGUUAUUCUGUAUUGAUGUUCAGUUGGAAAGAGAAGAGAUGAGUGGCAUGGAUUUUCCAAAAGACUUCCUGAUAGGCGCUGCUUCAGCGUCCUAUCAGAUUGAAGGAGCCUGGAAUGAAGAUGGAAAAGGCGAAAAUAUUUGGGACUACUACACUCACAAGUAUCCGAAUGUGGUUCGUGAUCGUUCCAAUGGCGAUGUCGCCUGUGAUUCCUACCAUAAAUACAAGGAAGAUGUACAACUGUUAAAAGCUGUUGGAUUCAGCGCCUACCGGUUCUCAAUUUCUUGGUCGAGAAUCCUUCCCAAAGGUGAUGACUCUGUUAUCAAUGAGGAAGGAGUCAAGUAUUACUCUAAUCUCAUUGAUGAACUCUUAGCUAACGGAAUUAAACCAUUGGUUACUAUGUACCACUGGGAUCUACCGGAACCUCUCGAUAAGAUCGGAGGCUGGACUAACCCAGUUCUAGCUGAUUUCUUUGAGGCCUAUGCUCGCAUUCUUUUCAUCAAAUUUGGUAAAAAGGUGAAGCUGUGGUUGACUUUGAACGAGCCGUUUGAGGUGGUUCACGGCUACGGGUCGGCCGAUUACGCUCCGUUCGUCAACUACCACGGAGUGGCUGAGUACUUGGCCGCGCACACCCUCAUCAGGGCCCACGCUAAGGCCUACCAUCUCUAUGACAAGCUAUUUCGAAAUGAGCAACAGGGUCUUAUCGGGAUCACUCUGAAUUCGGAAUAUUUUUUUCCGAAAACUACAUCUGCAGAUGAUGUUGAAGCUGCCGAAACUGCUAUGCAAUUCUUUUUGGGUUGGUUUGCACAUCCUAUUUACAGUAAAGAGGGCGAUUAUCCAAGCGUUAUGCGACAAAGAGUUGAUGAGAAUAGCAAAAAAGAGGGUCGAUUUAAAUCAAGGUUGCCAAGCUUUACACAAGAAGAAAUUGAAUCAAUCAGAGGUAGUUCGGAUUUCUUCGGUCUAAACCACUACACAUCUCGCUAUGCCAGCAAGGGCCAAUUCGGAAAGGUGCCUUCCGUAGAGUACGACUCGGGAAUUGUGAAGACCAUUGACCCGGCUUGGCCGGGAUCCGCCUCUGAAUGGCUCAAGGUUGUACCCUCGGGAUUCAGAAAUCUAGUGAACUGGAUAAAGAGGGAGUAUGGUGAUAAACCGAUAAUUGUAACUGAAAAUGGAUUCAGCGAUAAGGGAGAAUUGAUCGACGAUGACAGAAUCAACUAUUACAGUAGUUACCUAAAAGAACUAUCAAAAUCAAUCAAAGAAGAUAAGUGCAAUGUUAUAGGCUACUUUGCCUGGUCUAUUAUGGAUAAUUUCGAAUGGUGUAAAGGCUACACAGAGCGUUUUGGAAUCUACCAAGUUGACUUUACUAGUCCAGAUCGUAAAAGAACUCCUAAAAAGAGCGUAAAAUUUUUCCAGAAACUGGUUGAAACUAGGAUUAUUCCAGAAGAUGUGAACACACUAUAAAAAUCAGUUUCUGUAAUCAAUGAGUUAGAGACAAGUGUGAACGCUUGGUUGAAGAAGUUGUAGUGAACAUGCAAUUCACAUAUUUCAUGCCUAUUUGACUGAGCAUAGUGAGGUUGCCGUACUACUUUUCAACUUGAGCGAUUUGCUCUUCUUUGUUUGAACUCGUCAUCUGUUAGUCGACGACGCAUUUACGGCCAAACGCGAUAAUGCUUUUCCAACAAAAUUGUUCUGAAAAUGUAUCAAUUAUUAUAUCAAUGGCAUGUUAAAUCCCACUUCAGCUCUGCACAAACGUGUGGCUCAACAAAAAAGUAUAAAUAAUUUGAAACUUUGUAUUUUAAGGAUAAUAUUAAUAGAAAAUUAAUUAACCUAUACAAUAAUUAUACUAGCAUAUAAAGGGUUGGGCAAGGAAGUAUCAAUAAUUUGAAAUAGCAGUUACACACUUAUUUUUAAACAAAACACCAUUUGUUUCUUCAAGUGUGUACCUUUAAUGUUGUAAUUUUAAUCAUUAGAGAGGAAAAAUUGUAACAUUGGUUACGUACUAGAAAUAACAUCUGUAAAAGACAUCCACUUUUGCCCAUCCACUCCUGUUAACGUUGUGAAAAGUUGUCCUCUGAGGCGUUGCAAGUAUUAUUGCUCGAAUUUAUUUUGUUAACUUUCUUAGCGCGUUGAUGUUUGUUGAUGUAUUCACGAGCUCUUAUGUAGCCCAAAAAAUAUUUACAAAGUAGCAGAUCAAAUGACUGAGGAGGCCACCCUACAUCUCCAGGUAACAAAAAACGAGACGUCCAGGGAGGGAUGCCUUGAGGGAUGCUUUCAUAUAGUUUGCUAUAUGCUUUCAUACCAGAAACAGAGAUUUACUCUAGCACCCCAAAUCGCGUCUUAAGUCUCUAAAUCACGUAAAUAACCUAAUAUAGCUGAUGCUCCAGUUCAACUUACGAAAUACUACGCCACCAAAUGACGUUUUAAUUUCUUUGAUUGAGAGCAGUGAUGAAGACAGCAAAUAAUUGGAUGAAGAAGAACAAAUCCAAAGUUUGUAGACCUUGAAAAAGAGACAAAACUGAAAAUUCAAGCAAGCGCGGGUAAACGGCGGGAAUAACUAUGACUCGAAGCGAAGUUUGAUAAGAAUUAAGAGUAUGUUAUGAAGCAUUGGUUUGUAGUUGAGAAAAGUAUAUAAAAAGAGUAUAAAAUAGGGGG